UCUGGAAACCUUUUUGGGCGCUGCUCGCUCCGUUAACGAGAAUACGAAUAAAAAUUGCAUUGCUCUCAUUGACAGACGAUUCGAUGCUAAGACAGGCUUCACUGUAGAUUGGACGCAUAGUAUAAUGGAGGGGAUACAAACGCAUCCUUAGAGAGGAAGAAAAAUCUUGCAGGAGUGAGGUAUAUCCUACGCCAUUACUGUACCACACGUAUUUUGUAGCUUCGUGCAGCUUCGAGCGUUACAAACUGAAAACGUAGUUCUUAAUAGAAAAUCAUAGAAAAUCGCAGAAAUGGCAACUGUUUUGCGUGUGAAACGUAGACACGAUGACGAGCCGUUAAAUGCAUUGUUAAUUGCGUGUAAACGAAUAAAAACUUCUGAUAAUGAAGAAGCCGAAAAAUCAGCGAUUAAUGAUCCACUGACCACAGUGGUUAAAUUCGCUGGAACUGUUAAUAAUCAGGAAAGCACCGCUAUCAAACACUUAAUUCAAACUUUUGGUAAAGAAGAGUUGGAAGCAACUUUCAAACAACAUCCAGUAGAUAUCCUGUAUAAAGCUCGAGAAAAGAUGAAACAAGCAUCGGCGGAGAGUCGUUACAAAAUAAUUAAUUGUUUUCGAUCUAUGAAUAGCGUUACGCUCGAUGACAGUGAAAACAAGGUGACGACAGUAAUAGAUGUAGAAGAUUCACUUUCGUGUGCCAAUGCAAAAAUACAAGCUACAGAGGUGGACGAUAGUUACGUAUACGAUUUGUACUAUGGAAAAACCGAGGAUAAAGUGUACAUAGACGACGACGUAUCUAUACAUCCAUACGAUCAGGAAUUGAUAUUCGAUAAUUAUAGAGAUAAUUAUCCCGAAGCUGAGUGCGAAUCGGAUGAUUCUAACUCCGAGUCAAACUGGAGGAACGAUUAUCCUGAUUCCGAUCAUUCUGAAACAUCGAUCAACGAAAGUGAUAUGAGAGAGGCUAUUAUGGACAUGAAAUUGAACGAUGAUUCCGAUACGUCUAGCGAUAUCGACUAUGUUUACGCACUCGACGAGGCUGAUGUAGAAACUCAUGGCUACAAAUAUGCAAGGUACAAAGCAAAGUUAAAGGAAGAAUUAGAUGAAGAUUGUUCUAGUUGUAGCGACAAUAGCCAAGUAUGUGCAUACAAUGAAUCAAUGGAUGAAUUUUGUUCCGAUUCUGGUAGCGAUUAAUGGCAAAUUCCUUGGGUAGAUCUUAAUACAAAUUUACAUUAGAAAGAUACGAGAUAUAGUGUACAUUAACCCUUUGCACUCGAAGCUAUUUUAAUUGUAAAUAUAAAAUCAUUUUUCUAA